AUGGUCAAACAGAACUUUCCCAGAGGCUUUGUCGCCCCAAGAGUUCGUCCAAGAACUUUGCUUUUUCUAGCAUUAGCUGUCAUUGUAAUUCAUUUUUGCCUCAAAGUGGGAAACGAAUCGAGUGUCCAGUUUGUUUCCUGGCAUGACGUUACACAUGACCAACCCCCCGAAAGCAUUGUUGGCCAACCGCCCCAGACCGAAAAGAAGCAGAAACAGGAGGAAGACGCUAGGAAACAUAAGGAGGAAGAACAUGAACAAAAGUUACGAGACCAAUUCGCCAGGGAGUAUGAGGCUGCUAAGAAGCUUCCCGGUAGUGGUGCAAUUUAUGGCAACACUCUGAGCUCCUUGGUCGAUCUAGAUAACAGAACAGAUCUACAUGCGGCGCGUCUACGAGAUUCCAGCGAGGAAGAAAAGCCUUAUUCGAAUCACCGACCGGUUCAUUUCAAUCCUUAUCCCCAGUAUAACGGAGAAGAUUGGAAAAAGGAGAAACACCGCCCAUAUGUGCCAUGUGUCGGUGCUAGUGGGGAGCUUGUGGAGGAUUUGCUUGUUUUCAAGGGCCGGCCUGUCAAGUUUCCAAAGCCGUCCUUCGGCAGCUUCGACAUCUUCAACAUGGACGGCAAUCUCUGCUAUGAACGCGAAAGUAGGCUUGGACCCUACGGUCACACACUGCAAAUCAAAGCGAACAGCCUCCCAGUAGAUUGGGACAGCGUUGAUUGGGGCAGUCUUCAAGAUAACUGCGUUAAACAGAACGCCGCUCGUUUCGGCACUGGAAAGCCCAAUACAUAUGUCGACACCGUUUACGCAAGUUCCGGGAAUACUCAGAAGCGAGAAGCGAGAGUAGAAGAAGAGGAGGCUUCCAACAGAUUAUCAGCAACAUCAGCAGGAACUGAGUCCCGGACUGCUGUUCUCCUUCGUACUUUCACUGGCAAACGAUAUACAGAAAACGACAAGCAAGCUAUCAGAUCCUUGAUUUCUGAACUGUCCCUUCGGCCAGGUGGAGAGUAUCAAGUCUUCCUUCUAUUACACGUCCACGACCGUUCGGUCAAUUUGAAGGGCGAUAAAGCGGCCUAUCAACAUGUUCUCGAUGAACACGUACCUCGGGAGUUUCAUGGCAUUACCAAACUCUGGAACGACCAAGUCGUAUGGGACAUUUAUACAGCUCUUACCGAAGAUGACGAGAAGAGCGUCCACCACGCACAGUGGCUAUCCGUUCAAAAGUUCAGCAUGGAUCAUCCCGAAUUCGACUACAUAUGGAAUUGGGAAAUGGAUGUGAGGGUUGUUGGGCAUAACUACGAUUUCUUGGAGAGUCUGAGAGGAUUCGCAAGGAAACAGCCGCGAAGGGGUCUCUGGGAACGUAAUGAGCGAUACUACAUUCCUGACCAUCACGGAACUUGGACCGAUUUCCGCGACUAUGUCGAGAAGCAAACCACCGGCGCCCAAGUCUGGGGUCCACCAAGCGUGCCUUUCAUCAAUCCAGUUGGACCAAAGCCGCCAACUGGAGAUCCCCGAGAUGAACCUUAUGACUGGGGAGUUAACGAAGAGGCAGAUCUUAUCACUCUUGGUCCUAUCUUCAACCCUGUCAAUAGUAGCUGGAUUUUCGCAGACCACAUUUGGGGCUAUAAAGAUCAACACCAUCCAGCAACGUCACUACCCCGGCGGUGUACCAUCGUCACACAGUCGCGUAUAUCUAAGCGCCUUCUGGAUAUCAUGCACGUUGAGAAUCUUCGCGGCAAUCACAUCGCCUCGGAAAUGACGCCCCAGACGGUUGCACUUCUCCAUGGGCUGAAAGCAGUAUUUGCUCCUCAUCCUACUUGGUUUGAUCGCCCUUGGAACGGAAAGUUCCUUGAUCAUUGGUUCAAUCCCGGGCCUAGAGGUGAAAGUGGUGGUCAAGGGAGUGCAAUGGGAUACGGAAGAGAACGCAGGUAUCAAGGCAUUACUUGGUACUAUCGUGCCGAGCCUCCUUCGAGGUUAUAUAACAAUUGGAUGGGGUAUAUUGAUACUGAUAUUGGGGGGCGAGACUGGGAAAUCACCAAUGGCAGGCCGUGCUUGCCACCCAUGAUUUUGCAUCCUAUCAAGGAUGUUAAUCCAACUAACCCGGGAUUUACUACUAAGUUUGAGCUUUUCUACGGCUAA